UGACAGGCGGAGGAGGAGGUGGUCAUAGCCGGGGAGAAUCUCCUGCCUGUGUCUUCUCUGCUACUGCUGCUGCGGGGAUCCUCCUCAUCACUGAUCCAAAUCAUAUCAGCAGCUCGUGCUCCUAAUUCAGGGUGUUGUGAUUAGCCCCCCCAUCCAUCCCCGCCCCCCACUCUCCUCUCUUUUCUCCCCCGAGUUCACAAACACAAUUUGCUGCUAGCCUGGGGAACUUACAGACCAAAUCCAACAACAUCACCAACAGCAUGCCCAACAGCAACAAGAAGAAAAGGCCCUGGGAAGAGGAGAAAGAGCGACUGUUUAAAAUGUCACAAGAAGAGAGGCGCCAAGAGCUUCUCAGAGAUUACAUUCCACUGAAUGAUAUUCCAACAUGGCUGAACCAAUAUGGAGACACACCAGCAGAAGAUGACAAUCAAAAAAUAGACAGCUUGUGUGACAAAGUGUCGCUCUACAAAGGAGACGUUACCCAACUUGAAGUAGACGCAAUCGUCAAUGCUGCAAACUCGAGUCUUCUUGGAGGAGGUGGAGUGGAUGGGUGUAUACACAGAGCAUCAGGGCCUUAUCUUAUGGCUGAAUGUCGUACAUUGGGAGGCUGCCCUACGGGACAAGCUAAAAUUACCUGCGGGUAUCAAUUGCCAGCAAAAUAUGUUAUUCACACUGUGGGGCCUAUUGCAAGAGGACAAUUAAAUGACAGCCAUAAAAAGGACCUUGAAAGAUGUUAUAAGUCUUCGCUUGCACUGGCAAAAGAGUACAAGAUCAGAUCAAUAGCUUUUCCCUGCAUUUCUACAGGAAUUUAUGGAUUUCCAAAUGAGCCAGCAGCUUGCAUAGCCUUGAACACAGCCAAAGAAUGGUUGACGGAAAAUCAAGAUGAGAUAGACCGCAUAAUAUUCUGUGUAUUUUUGGAGAUUGAUGACAAAAUCUACAGAAAGAAAUUGGCAGAGUUUUUCCCUAAAGAAGUGGAAGAAAAAAAUAUACAUUCACCUCCUUCAAAGAAAAGUAAAGCCAAGAAAGAUGAGUCUACUAAUAUAGAUGAUCCAGAUGAAAUUAAGGAAAAUGCUGAUGAACCAGAUGAUGCAAAUAAAAUGAAAGAACUCGGCCAUGAAUCAGAUAUCUCAGAUGACAUGACAGAACCUAGCCAAGAACAAGAAAGCAGUAUGACAGGAGCUGUCUUACAAUCAGCAGGAGGGUCAGAGGACACUGAGAAACCUCAUCAGCAUGCAGUGGAAGAUUCAGAUGGAAGUUCUAUGAAAAAUGUUGGCAUAGAUCAAGAACAAUCUCAGGCAUCAGAUUUCGCAGAUGACAGUAUGAACGAACCAUCUCAAGAAGUAGAAGUAGAAAUAGAAGAGAAGAACAAGCAAGAGGAAACCGAACCCAGCCAAGAAAUGAGCAUUGACUCACAAUCGCAAAGCGUAAUCAUGGAUUCACAAGAACUACUAUCUCCCAACCCUCUAGCAGACGAACCUAUAGAGUCAAACUCUGAGUCACAAGUAAUGGAGCAGAGCAAUGAUACAUGCAAGCCAGUACAAUCGGACAUCCAAGAUGGUGAUAUUGCUGAUGAAAGAGAUGGUGAUGAAAAAUGAAGCAAUGAAGUUGAACAAGUGUGACACUCUUCCAGUAGUAGCAGAUGAGACCGCACUUGGAGCGUUACUCUUAGGGCUUGCAGGCUGUGUGAUUUAGGGGUUUAUCUGAUUUGAUUCUUCUUCUUAUGAGUUGAAAAGGGUUUUGGUGAAAUACUUUAAAUUUUGGAAUUGCAUUUAGUAACUUCUAUUUUUGUUGAAAAUGCUAAACAUAGCUUCAGGCUACAUUUCUUUUCUUUCCUUUGCUAAUGAUCUUUCACAAAUUCAAAGUUGAUAAUAAUGAAUACUUUAGUUUACAUGCAUAAUAUAUUAAUUGAGUUUUGAAAUUCAAUUUGUAAUUUGGCUUGGCCACUUGUUAUCCCAUAACAUGAUUUCACAGAGGCCUCCCGUUCUAUAAAACACUGAAUGUGUGUAUAUGGACAAGCCUCAAAAUGUUUAUGUAUGUAAUUAGAACCUUUCUUUAAGUUUGAAAAUGAAAAUGAAUAAAAGCUCAUUAAAUCUGUAA